UUUAAAUUGAUUCUUACCACUUUCUCUUCCUCUAGUAUCUUUCAUUUCUUCACUCUUUCUCUUCCUCUCUCUAAAACAACAUGAGUUUCGAAACGCAACCCGAAACGGCGUCGUACUGGUGCUACAGCUGCACCCGCUUCGUCCACCUCUCCGCCGCCGGCAACAUCGCCUGCCCCCACUGCGAAACCGGCUUCGUUGAAGAGAUCCACCCCGACCAAUCACCGAAUCACGCUCACGCUCACGGUCUCAGCCCGUUACCUGAAGAUCCCGUUUCUUCCCGGCGGCUAGGUUUCCGCCGCAGACGCCGCGACACCGGAAGCCGCUCCCCUUUCAACCCAGUCAUCGUGCUUCGCGGAACCGCUGACGACGGAGCCGAUCAAGAAGGAGGCGCCGCCGCCGCCUUCGAGCUUUACUACGACGACGGCGACGGUACCGGUCUCCGCCCACUUCCGCCGACGGUUUCAGAGUUUCUGCUGGGGUCUGGAUUCGAUCGGAUGUUGGAGCAAUUCUCGCAGAUCGAGAUGAAUGGUUUCGGCCGGCCGGAGAAUCCGCCGGCUUCCAAGGCGGCGAUCGAGUCGAUGCCGACGGUGGAGAUCGGGGAGGUGGAGGUGUGUAACGAGGCGCAGUGCGCCGUUUGCAAGGAAGAAUUCGAGCUGGGUGCGGAGGCGCGUGAGCUACCGUGCAAGCACAUUUACCAUUCCGAUUGCAUCGUUCCGUGGCUUUCGAUGCGGAACUCGUGCCCGGUGUGCCGGCACGAGCUUCCUUCAGAUCUGAACGCUAACCCUCUUAGGGCUCCAGGGCAAAUCGACGAGGAAGCGAUCGGGUUGACUAUAUGGAGGUUACCCGGCGGGGGAUUCGCUGUGGGUAGAUUCUCCGGUGGGCGGAGUGCUGGGGAGAGCCAUUUGCCGGAGGUGUACACGGAGAUGGAUGGUGGGGUGAAUUCAAACCGUGCACCAAGAAGGGUUUCUCCGACGGUGAGCGGACACAGGGUUAGGGAACGACGUGGAGUUGGCAGAGUCUUUCGGGGUUUCUUGUCAUUCUUUGGAAUUCGUGGUUCUUCAAGGUCAACUCGUUCUUCGUCUUCUUCAAUUUCGUCUUUGUCAUCUUCGUAUUCUGGUAAUUCUGAAGUGAGUACAACAGGCCUUAGCCAAUUGAGUUCAUCGCUCAAUAGAAACUCGCGGAGACGACGCAAUAUGUCACAGCUGGUAUUGGAAGAUUGAUCUGCAAUUUUGCGAGAAAUACAAUUUUUUUCUUUUCACAUUUGGAUUCAUGCUGUAAAUAUGAUGAAACUCUUGGGGUUUGAAUCAAAAUCAAUUGAAGCUUAGAUUUGUUUGGAUGGUGCAAAUUGCAAUUCAAAACUUGGGAACAGACAAUUGCUUCUACAAUAUCUGGAUGGAACUAGCAGUGACUAGGCAUACAUUGGGAAAGAAGAAGUUGAGUGCUUCAAUUUCUGUGAACUCCAUUAUUUGAUUUGAUUUGUUUAUACUAUCAUAUUAGUCACAUGUUAUUUGUAAGAAUUCUUUCAAUGAUUAUGCUUUUUGAGAUGCUGCUUCUCUGAA